AUGUCGUACUUAGGACCGCAGAAUCGGGACCUAGAGAGAGGGGAAGAACAUGAUCCCCUGAACAUGGAUACCCCAAAUGGACCGGAACCGCCAGUAGCUACACGGUCCAUCUAUGCCCUCACUCGCAAAGAGAUCACUCGGGGCCUCGCGAACCGCUUUGUGCAUUCGCGGACAUACAUCUUUCUGUACCUGGCGAUGGCAAUGCUCUCGGUGACUACCAUUGUGCUGAGCCUUACGGACGAAUGUCCCGGAGUCGCGUUCUUCGUACUGGAAGUGAUCAUCAAUACCUCUAUGAUCUUAGAAGUCGGAAUUCGCUUUGUUGCGCUGGGCAAGCAAUUCUGGAAAUCACCAUUUAACGUUGUGGACCUGAUACUUACCCUGUUCUGUGCGGUGACGCUGCUAGUGCUGGUGUUUGCGAAAUGCGGUUCGGGGAGUAAGGAGGAGGAGAUCUUUGACACGCUGUUACUCGUGGCUCGGAAUGUUCUUCAGUUUGGGCGGUUAGCUGCCGUGAUGAGACAAUCGGGACAAUCUAUAUUUUCGAGACCGAAGCCCAUUGACAUCAACACUGCGCGUAGAGCGGGAUUCAUGGACCUGGAUAUGGAGAGUGAUGAGGAGCACGACGAGGAGCUGAGCCGGCCGCUGGUGCGGAACUCUGUGCUGUUCGACGCGGAGAACGAGCGGCGGCCGCAGCGAUUCACACCGACGCCGAUGCCUCGAGCUGCGCAGGCGGCGCGGGACCGAGACGCGGAGGAUGUGUGGGCAGAACUAGGCUGA